CCACGAUGGAAGCUUCCUAUUUAUUCGUCACUUCCCUGUGCAUUGCCAGUGUUCUUUCUAUAAACCACAAACUCCUCAACUACAUAACCGUGAACUCUAAUGUCGGGAUCAUUCGAGGAAGUAAAGAAUCGGCACGUAUCUUUGGACGAGACCACACAGUGAACGUCUUCCGUGGUAUACCCUAUGCCGAACCUCCCGUAGGGGUGCUCAGAUUCAAACGGCCCAUUUCAAAGACUGUCUUCCUCGACGUGUUUAAUGCUACAAAAUAUGGAGAUAUUUGCAUGCAGCCCUACUACCCGGAAUUGUCAAGUAACUUCCCCCAGAGUGAGGAUUGCCUAUCCCUGAAUGUAUAUGCCCCAGGUGGGUCAAAUGCUACCAACAAAAAGGCUGUGAUGGUGUUCAUCCACGGCGGUGGUUGGGUGAUUGGAGACGGCCGUGGCUAUAAUGGCAUACAGUUUGCUGGAUUUGGAGACGUGGUAUUGGUCACUUUGAACUACAGGUUGGGACCGUUUGGUUUCCUCAGUACGGAGACUGCCGAUUUUCCAGGUAACAUGGCGCAAUUUGAUGAGCUAUUAGCACUUCAAUGGGUCAAGAGCAACAUUGCCGAUUUCGGAGGUGAUCCAGAUGUUGUGACCGUGUUUGGCGAAUCUGCAGGAAGCUUUGAUACAACUUUGCAUGCUAUAUCACCAUUGUCGGCAGGGCAGGGAUUGUUCCACCGCUGCAUUCCCGAGAGUGGCUCAACCAUCGUUCCAUUUCCGAAACACCCAACUAUUGUAGAGAAUCAUCUUGAACGUGCGAAAGCACUUGCCAAGCUUGUAGGAUGUACGACUGGUGACUUGAACAACAUGGUGAAGUGCAUGCAGACAACGAGACCAGGGGAUAUUCAAACCAACUCCCAGAAGAUGGUUGCUAGUGGCUUCGCUGAUUCAGUAUGGGGGCCUCGAGUGGAUGGUGACUUCAUUCCCGCACCGCCACAUGAUCUCUUCGCUGACCCACAUCUGAGCGCUUACUCCGGGUUCAAGGACAUCGACUUACUGAUUGGGUCAAAUAGUGCUGACGGAGAUGUUUUCCUUCCUGGUGCAUUCGAAGAAAUGGUAAACACGGGACUUUUACCAAUCAAUCUCUCCAUGUCCAAGGAGUCCCUCGUCAAAGCCAUGCAGAAAAUCUUUGAAGGUGUGCCGAAUGAAAAUGGUGUUAUUAAAGCCAUUAUUCAAGGGUAUGUUCCCCCUAUUGAAAUAAGUGGGCAAGAUGGUCGAGACCUCAUGGUGGAUAUGCUGUCGGACAGCGUCUUUAUCAUGCCAGCCAUUGCAUCAGCCCAAACCCACGAAAAGAUGUCACGAGAAGCCAAGACCUUCAUGUACUUUUUCGAUUUCGUUGACCCUUCUGCACCCAGCUCCACCUAUCGACCGGAGAAAGCAGCUCAUGCGGCGGAGUUGUCAUUUCUGUUCAACUACCCCCUCGAGGAUUCCUACACUCAGAUUAACCAGUCAUGGAACAUCACUGACAAUGACAGGCAGCUCAGCAAGGCGAUGCUUUCGUAUUGGACCAAUUUUGCCAAAUUCGGGUAA